AACAGCUCACACCGCGCUGCAUCCGCCCUGAGCAUCAUCAUCAUCAUCAUCAUCAUCGCAUCUGGAGCGGAGGAGGAGGCGGGAGCGCGCGCGCGUCACCGAGCGCAUCCUUGAGGAGUGCGCAGGCACAGAAGACAACAUCCUACAGCUCGGCCACACAUUCAGCUGGAGGAACGGGCUGUAGAAAUACAUGGACAUUAAAUAGAAAUUUCAUUUUCUUUACUUUUUAUUAUUUUUUUUUUCGGAUCGCAGCCAAGUCACUGGAAUUUCAGAAUGGCUGAGAUGACUAAUGUAAAACCAACCUAUGAGGUGUCCCCAGUCCUUGCAGGUUUUCUUGGCGCAGGGGUCUUGGUCGUGUCUGUGACGGUGGCCGUUUUCCUGUGGACGUGCUGCCAGCGACGCUACCGUCAAAUGACAGGUGCCUACAAGCUGACCAGCGGCCCCUACGACCCACCUGUUGACCCCCCCUACAAGUUCAUACACAUGCUUAAAGGCAUCAGCAUUUACCCCGAGACCCUCAACAACAGAAAGAAGAUUGUACGUGUGGGCAGUCGCUCAGGAUCAGGGUCCUUUAUGAGAGAAUGGGGUCAUGGGUCCAGAAAUGGUGAUGUUCUCCUUGUAGAUCCAGAUACCGAUAGUGGACUGCUGAAAGGUACUCCGCACCUACAGAUGAACCACCUGGUACCUCCUGUAGGACCUCCCAGACUGGAGAGAGCGCUGCCCAUCCGGGCAGACUACUGCUGUCUGGAGAGCAGUUCGGCAAGCAGCAGUGAAGCACCCAGUAAAACAGUGACGCCCUAUAGUCUCAAUUCGCCUUCUCUGGGCACACUCAGUCUGGCCAUUGACUACAACUUCCCCAAGAAAGCACUUGUUGUCACUAUUGUAGGAGUGCAGGGGCUCCCUGCAGUGGAUGAACAGGCGGGCAGCUCUGACCCGUAUGUGAAGAUGACCAUCCUGCCUGAGAAGAAGCACCGGGUGAAGACACGUGUAUUGAGGAAGACCCUGGAGCCCGUUUUCGAUGAGACGUUCACUUUCUAUGGCAUUCCAUACAGCUCGCUGCCCGAGCUCACACUGCACUUCCUGGUGCUCAGCUUUGAUCGGUUUGCACGGGAUGAUGUCAUCGGGGAGGCGGUCGUGCCAUUGGUGGGCGUGGACCCCAGCACGGGCAGAGCGCACAUCACCCAGCAGAUCAGCAAGAGGAGCACACAGUGUGAAAGUCGUGGGGAGUUGCUGGUCUCUCUGUCCUACCAGCCCGUUACUCACAGGCUUAAUGCGGUGGUGCUUAAGGCCAAACACCUGCCAACCAUGGACAUCACUGGCUUGUCAGGCAACCCAUAUGUUAAAGUGAACGUCUUCUACGGCCGCAAGCGCAUUGCCAAGAAGAAGACCCAUGUGAAGAAAUGCACACUUAACCCUGUAUUCAAUGAAUCAUUUAUCUACGAUGUUCCCGCUGAGCUAAUGCCGGACAUCUCCGUGGAGUUUCUGGUCAUCGAUUUUGACCACACCACGAAGAAUGAGGUGGUGGGUCGUCUGGUUCUGGGUGGUCAAAGCCCCAUUCCAUCAGGCGUGACUCACUGGAGGGAAGUUUGUGACAACCCACGGAGGCAGAUUGCCAAGUGGCAUAACCUUUCAGAGUACUAGCAUCUGGUUAACACAUGGGGAAAGCAAAGUGUAUCAUACCACUUUCUUCCUGUCACCCCCUCUAAAGAAAGAAGCCCAUUUAACAAUUCCCUUUCCCUAUGAGACAGGUGUGUGUGGGUGAGCAUGCGUGUCAACAUUUCAAAGGACCACGGGCCCUACUAAAAAUAUGAAAAAUGAAUAUUUGGAAGGUACUCUGAUGAACCAAUAGCAAGAAAUGACAAUGAUUAAUCAUAGCAAAAAUAGCAAAAAAUAACCACAUAAAUGUGGUUUUUGGCUCUGAUUAGAUUCUAUGGGAAUUGUACCUGUAUGAAAGUCAUACCAUAGUAUCCACAGAGCCUUUUCACCAGUAUACCGGCAUAUGAGAAUAUACAUACAAUAGGCUACUUAGCCGCCUGCUGGAGAUAAUGAGGCACUUUUAUAUAUUAGAAAAUAGGAGGGUUGUAUGGUAAUGUUUAGAAAGAAACUGAUGAAUGGGAAUAGUCUGAUGUAAAGCAGACACCAUCAAGGGUUUUCCAUGAGCAUGUUAGCUAACAUGCUUAUAUUUGCCCCAGAAGACAAGGUUAAAAUAAAAUAAAAUAUGGCUAUUUUCAAUAUCAGGCUAAAAAGUUUUACAUUUUGUUUUUGUAGUGAUAGCUUAAUGAAUCUGAAAAAAAAAAAAAAAAAAAAAAUCUGAGAUGUUAAAACUCAAGAGGAAUUCAAACUUUAAAUGUAGGCUAAUGCUGCCUUCAAGUCUUCCCGGGAAGUUCGUACUUACAGUACAUGGUCAAAAGUAAAGAUGAUGUGAUGUACAUUCAAGUGAUUUAAGUCAGAAAGAAUGUACUUGUUUUGCAAUUUUUAAUAUUUCUUUCUCUCAUUUUCACUUACUGACAAAGACAAGAAACUUUUUUAGCACCAAUGCAACAAAACAAAAAGCAGAGCCGCACAUUGAGUGUAUAAAUUAUGCUUUAUCUAUCUACAGUAUUUUAUCAUUCUCGUGUCAUCACAUAUAAUGAUGGAAAAUGUAGUUUUGUUUCACACGCCUGUCACAUCGUAAACCAGCUAAAUGAGCCUUAUUUUCAGGCAAAUUUUGUUGCUAUUCUUCAUUAAAAGAUUAGUUCACCCAAAAAUGAAAAUUCUCUCAUCAUUUUCUCACCCUUAUGCCAUCCCAGAUGUGUAUGACUUUCUUUCUUCUUCAGAACACAAAUGAAGAUUUUGAGAAGAAUAUUUCAGCUCUGUUGGUCCAUAAAAUGAAAAUGUCUUGUAAUGAAAGUGAAUGGGUGCCAAAUUUUUGAAGCUCCAAAAAGCACAUAUGGCCAUCAUAAAAGUAAUCUGUUUCGACUUCAGUGAAUUAAUGUAUGUCUUCUGAAGCAAAACGCUAGAUGUAAGAAAUAGAUCAAUAUUUAAAACUUUUUUUUUACUAAAAAUGUAUGAGGAUCGAGGUCAAGCACGUUGGCAAGUUCACGCGAGAACUGACACGUGAAAUACGGAAAAAAAAACAGAAGCGCAGUGUUGUUUACAACAGAGGAGCAUGGAGAAUCAUACAUAGAUGUCUCAUUCAGCUCGCUGGAUACAUUAACUGUGGCGGCAUCUCGGAAUGGUCAACAAGGAGAGCUGUUUGAAUUGGUUUGAAUGCAAGUGAGUGAGUGGAGGAGAUGCCUCAGAACGAGCUCCUUGCUCAGACCACUGCAUAAACUCCUUGUGUUGAAAAAGAACUGUGGUCCAUAGAAACAGCUGCUAAUAAGGGAUCUAUGUACAGUAUGAAUAUCUAUGCAGAGGAGGCUUGCACGCUUAUGUCAUGCAAGAGGCAGUUUGAACUCCACCCUCGUCAACGUACAAACCUCAAGCUGGCUGAAAGCGAACAUUUUUAGUUGAAAAAAAGUUUUAAAUAUUGAUCAAUUUCUUACACACUCCUAGCAUUUUGCUUCAGAAAACAUUAAUUAGACCACUGGAAUCGUAUGGAUUAUUUUUUAAGAUGCCUAUAUGUGCUUUUUGGAGCUUCAAAAAGUUGGCACCCAUUCACUUGCA